CCACGCUUUCUAUACGCUCGUUAAACCAACAUGGCCGGCGGAGCGACUGCAUUUAGCCAUUCCGCGGUGGCUGACGAGUAGUGGGGGAGGACUGCUGCUUGAUCUGUGCAGCGGGAAGGUAAACGAACCGCGGCUGAGAGAGCUAUAUUCUUUAGCUCCGCUGAAUCUCGUUCAUUGAAUCUAUCAUUGACCGGAGCUGUACAUUCUGAUGAUUGAUGUCGUUGAAAUAAGAGGAACGGGCGUACUCUUUAGAGCUUAUUAUUUCAGCAAUACCUCACUUUGGUAGCUCUCCCGGGCCGCUUACCUCAUUCUACAAUUCAAAGUCCGGUUAGAGAUAUCGCUGCUGGUUCGCCCUUUUACGUCCGUAGCGAGAUUGGAGCAGUCAAGAACACAUCUUCCUUCCAACAGCUUCGCGGACUCGCAAGAAACAGGCUCACAAUGGUCCUGGAAUCUCGCUGGUCAUUUCCUAUACCGCAGGUGUCGUUACCGACAUUUAUCUUCGAAUCGCCCACCGCCGACCUCCCAAAGACGCCGGCUUUCAUCUCAGCGCGUGAGCCAGAGAAGCACUAUCUGUCAACCAGCGACUACCGUCUCUAUGCGCAACGACUCGCUUCCGGGCUCCUGCGGUCUGGCCUCCACCCGGGAGACCGCGUGCUUCUCUACUCCGGCAACACGCUGUUCUUCCCUUCGGUGGUUAUGGGCGUGAUCAUGGCAGACGCCGUGUUCACUGGCGCGAACCCGACAUACGUGACCAGAGAGCUAGCAUAUCAACUACGAGAUUCUGGAGCCCGGUAUCUGAUCUGUGCGGAAGGGAGCCUGGAGACGGGUCUAGCAGCCGCGAAAGAAGUCAACAUGCGCCCCGACCGUAUCUUCGUUUUCGAUGAUGGAGUCGCUACCUUUGAGGGUAAGACAGUGGAGAAAGAUACGCCCGAAGGGAAAGUGCGACACUGGACAACGCUUCUCGACUCAGAAGAAAAAGGCCGAGCGUACCACUGGCCAGACCUACGAACCGACGAUGAACUCGACCGAAUCAUCGCGCUGAACUACAGUUCCGGCACCACGGGCGUAGCAAAAGGCGUCAUGAUAACACACAAGAACUACGUCGCCAACUGCACUCAACAACUCCACAUGUCAAAGCAAUCCCCGGAGUUCGAGGCCCGGCUUCAGCGCCAGCGCGGCCUCUGCUUCCUGCCCAUGUACCAUGCCAUGGCGCAGGCUAUCUUCUGCGUUAACGCCGCGGUGCUGCGGAUCCCGGUUUACAUGAUGCCCAAGUUCGACUUCCUGGAGAUGCUGGAAUGCAUCCAGAAAUACCGCAUCACAGACCUCGCUCUAGUCCCACCGGUCGUAGUAGCAAUGGCGAAACAUCCCGCGGUCCGGAAAUUCGACCUGAGCUCUGUGGAGCGCGUCGGCUCUGGCGCUGCGCCUCUGGGCCGAGAAGUGUGCGAGGAAUUCGAGAAGCUGUGGCCGGAUGGCCGCAUCAACGUAAAGCAGGGCUGGGGAAUGACCGAGCUGACGUGCGCCGCUACAACGUUCCAUCCGGAAAAGGUCUCGCUCAGUUUCUCGAUUGGCGAGCUGUUACCGAAUUGUCAGGCCAAGGUUGUGCUGGACGACGAGGGCAAGGUCGAAGCGAAGCAGGGCGAGCGCGGGGAGAUAUGGAUCAAGGGACCAAAUGUGAUGAAAGGAUACUGGGGCAAGCCGGAGGCCACUAGAGAGACCAUUACGCCGGAUGGAUGGCUCAAGACAGGAGAUGUGGCGUACUUCGACGAGGAGAACCAUUUCUACAUAGUCGAUCGGAAGAAGGAGUUGAUCAAGGUCAAGGGUCUCCAGGUCGCUCCGGCCGAGCUUGAGGCUCUACUGCUGGAUCAUCCGGAGGUCCAGGACGCUGCAGUCAUCGGCGUGACAAUCACCGGCGAAGAGCUUCCACGAGCGUACAUUGUACCACAGGCGGAGGAGAAAGCUACUCCUGAAAUCGCACACAAUAUCAAAGAGUGGCUUGCUGGGCGGGUGUCCAAGGCUAAGCGACUGGAAGGCGGUGUUCAUUUCAUCGAUGCGAUCCCUAAGAACCCGUCAGGGAAGAUCAUGCGAAGGCAAUUGAGGGAGCUGGCUGCCAAAGAGAAGCCGAAAGCGAAGUUGUAAUGGGGAUGGCGGGGAUGUGCGGGGUCUGCAUAAGAGCUUGGCCGGAAACGCAUAGAGAGGUGGCAUGUUGUGGGUAGUGGCCAGCGAUAGCAGCCGGAGUGGCGGUCUUCUCGAGAGUCGGGCUCUGUAACGGUAGACGUAGAGAUUGUAACACAGAAACAAAUGAGGGUAUAGCGGAGGCAAAUUCCCA